AUGUUCGGCAAUAACGACUCUACGCCCAAGGCAGAACGGUCAGGUUAUGAGUCACCCGACCCGCUGGCGUUGAAUCCCGGAGACUUCGAGUACGAUGGGAACACAGUGGUGACCCCGACCAAGCCUGUAGGGACGAAGAAAGUCAAGGCGUUAGCGACCGUGUCGACGCUCAAGGCCAACCAGCCGUUCAUGGGAACGGGACAUGACCGGCGCUCGCCCUCGCCGUUGCCUCCGCCGCCGAGUAAGGGAAACGCAGUUCCGCGACGAGAACGACGACAAGCAUCCCCCCACGAGUCGCCACUAAAGAAGGCGAGAACGAGCAAGGCGAGCGCGUCCGAGUCCUCCAGGAGCAAGCUCGGCAAGGCCGUUCCCAAAGGCAAGUGCAAGCCUCUCAGCAGCAAGAAAGUGGACCGCUUCCCUACGCCUUCCCCCAUCGAUCUGCUGUGUUCACAGGAGUCGCUGGACCCCAAUACGUGGUUCGACAACCUACAGGCGGCCGACGACAAGAAGUGGGAUGAGUUAAAGUACAACGCACUCAACCCCACAGCCAACCCCUGCCGGGUGGAGUCAAGCGCCGACGAGGACGAAUUCAAGCAGCUCGAGGAGCGCGACCUGGAGGAGUACAAGCGGAUGAGAAGAUUACGCAAGAAGCAAACCCAGAAGCAGAGCUAUGCCGACAGCUUCUUCGAGAACGCACCACAGAUGGCAGAAGAGACUCGCCGACGACGCUCGCUCGAGGCCAGGUCAAUCGCGCUCGCCGAGACGGUCCAGUUUGCGCCGAAAGAGCGGGAAGUGGGAGAAGAUGAGCUUUAUUGUGCGCACUUCAAGAACCACCGUAACCUCUGUCUGUACUGCUCCGAGCCGCUACCUGUGUCGCCGUCAGCGGAGCUCCGCGCGCUGCAGCUACGGUACGCCUCUAUCACGAACCUCUCCUUCCGCCAGACAGUCACCCUGUGCACGAUGCACCGUGCCGAGACAACGAUCAUCCCUCUUGGCCUGCGCGACGGCUUUCCCAAGGACAUUGAUUUCGAAGACGUCGACCGGCGGCUCGAGAGUGGCUGGAUCGCCGUUCGGCUCAAGAAAGUCGCCGCGAACCCGAAGCUCUCCAAGUUCUAUCGCCGCGCAAAGAAGGAGAUCAACCAGAUGGGCAUUGCGGCAUGGAAGGAUGUCGCGCACCAGAGCAACGAUACCGUGCUGUCUCACGCGCAGCCUGGCUAUUACGGCGAUCUUGGGCGAGCCAUUAUGAUUCGGCAUUUCCAGAACCUGAUUCUCUGGCGCUAUCUCAAACUCGGGUCUGACACGGCGCCCCUCCCCGAAACAGACUUUAUCGUCACCGUCCUCGUACCAGAGGCGGCUGUUCUCCUAACAAUGGAGGACAAGGGAUGGGACAUCUCACUUCCUCCCAAGGGGGAAGAGUGGGACAAAGCGCGUGCUGAGGCAAUGGAGAUCUGCCGGCGCGCGGGCCGUUAUGGGUACUGGAAGUUCCGAGAGGACGGAGACAAGGGGCGGCUUAUGCUCGAGCGCAUUGACCAGGCGGCGUCUAAGAAGCGGCGUCGCCUCGAAGCUACACGCCAGGCAGUCAGCGCAGAGAUAGAUCGCAAGAUCCAAGCCGAAAAGGUGCAGGUGGUGAAAGACGCAAUCCUCGUCGCCAGCAGCGACACCGAGCAGCCGGACGACAGCGAUUGGGGCGACGAGGUGUGGGAGGAUGCCGAUGCGGUCGCGCAAGCGGCGGCGGCAGUGGAUCGGAGAGCAGCCGUGCAGCGGCAGGAUUCCGACGCGACGCCUCAGCCCAAGCGGCGUCCGUUGUCACCACGCAAGUUGGAGAGCACGCCACGCCCGAUGAAAUCGGGCAGGCUGCUCAAGAAAGCGAGUCAGAUUUCGCAGGCGAGCAGUGCGGGAUACGACGAAGGAUGGGACGACCAGUUUGUGCUGAGCAUCGACGUGUGA